GUUUGAUAGUCGAAGUCUGUAGCAAAGUAUAUCUCUGUAUAAAUUUAGAUAGUAUUUGACUUUAAUUGUUUUAUUGUUCACUUUUCUUUUAAGUCAGUGUUGAUAAAUUCAUUAAGCUGAAGAUAAUAUAAGUACAUAAGCAAUUACAUUGAUGACAACGAAGUAGUACGAUCUUGAGAUUUAAGCUCGCAAUGGAGAAAUACAUCAGUAUAAAGGAUCUGGAAGAUGCAGCUUUACAAACAUUGCCAAGAGCUGUCCGGGAUUACUAUAAAAGUGGGGCAACUGAGGAAUAUACUUUAGCAGAAAAUAGACGUGCAUUUCAAAGAUUACGAAUUCGCCCAAAAUGUUUGGUCGGUGUGACAGACUGCGAUAUAUCGACGACCGUGUUUGGCGAAAAAGUUUCAAUGCCUGUGGGCAUAUCGCCUACUGCCAUGCAAAGAAUGGCCCAUCCUGAUGGGGAAACUGCUAAUGUUAAAGCUGCAGAAGCUGAAGGUGUCAUUUAUAUUCUGAGCACAAUUGCUACCAGCUCUAUAGAAGAAGUAGCUGAAGCUGCACCAAAAGCUAUGAAGUGGUUUCAACUUUAUAUCUACAAUGAUAGAGAGGUAACGAGGAAAUUAGUGUUGAGAGCUGAACAGGCUGGAUAUAAAGCUCUUGUUCUAACUGUGGACACACCUAUGAUUGGCAUACGAAGAGCAGAUGUACGUAACAAGUUUACGCUGCCGGCACAUUUGAAAUUGGCUAAUUUUGACGGUUUUUUGUCAACGAAAAUACACAACACAGGAGAAGGCAGUGGCCUAAACAAUUACGUGGAAAGCUUAUUCGACAAAUCAUUAACAUGGGAUGAAAUAAAGUGGUUAAAGAGCAUUACUAAGCUCCCAAUCGUGGCUAAGGGAGUUCUACGGGGUGAUGAUGCAGUAAAAGCUGUGAAGGCUGGUUGUGGCGGCAUUCUUGUCUCCAACCACGGCGCUAGACAACUGGACGGUGUCCCCUCAACGAUCGAAGCUCUUCCUGAAAUAGUGGAAGCAGUAAAACAUUAUAACGUCGAGCUGUUCAUGGACGGUGGCGUGACUACAGGCACAGAUGUUUAUAAAGCUUUGGCUUUGGGAGCAAAAAUGGUUUUCGUUGGGCGUCCCGCUUUAUGGGGCUUAACAGUCGGUGGUCAAGAAGGCGUACAACGGAUGUUGAGUUUAUUCCGAAAUGAGUUGGAAUAUACAUUCCAAAUUGCGGGUACUCCAACUGUUGCUGAUAUAACAAAAGAUAUGGUGCGCCAUGAAUCUGCUUACAGUAGGUUGUAAUUUGUGGCUUAUAAACGUAGAUGCAGGGCUUUGCAAUAUGUUAAAAAAUUAUUAUUAAUAAUGAAAGCGAACUAUAAUUUGUUAAAUUGAUAUUUAUUGUUUGAUUAUAAGUUUUCGGUACAAAUUAUAAAGAACAUUUGGUGUCAUGUACAUUUCGCGGGGCCACAUUGUUCUUGAUAUUUUCUGAAACAAAAUAAUCUAAUGAAUUGUUUAUGCAGAAAUUGUAUGUGUAUAAGUUACAAAAAAAUAUAGUCUGUCUUUAA